ACGUAUGAAAUUGUGUUAUGUAUGAACUUAUAUUUUAUUAAAGUUUACAAAAUGAAAGUGAAAAUUCUGACAAGAAAUCCUGAUGAAUAUUUAAGGGAAACGAAACGUGAUAUUUAUAAAGUUCCCAGGAAUUAUAAUCCAGUAUUACAUCCAUUUGAAGCAGCAAGAGAAUAUACUAGGGCUUUAAAUGCAGUAAAAUUAGAGAGAGUAUUUGCAAAACCGUUUAUAGGUUCUUUGGAAGGACAUAAAGAUGGAGUGUCUUGUUUGGUUAAACAUCCUUCACAGUUGUCUCUAGUUCUCAGUGGAGCUUUCGAUGGGGAAAUAAGAUUAUGGAAUCUUAUACAAAAAACUUGUGAACGUAGCUUUCUGGCACAUGAUGGCAUAGUACGAGGAGCUGCAUUUGAUGUAAAUACUGCACGUUUUAUUACUGUUGGUGAUGAUAAAACUAUUAAAAUAUGGAAAACAGAAAAGCCAUCGCUUGGUGAAGAAGAAGAACCUAUAAAUACAAUCAUUAGUAAAACUAUAAUAACUGGAAUCUCUCAUCAUCGAAGUCAAUCAGUAUUUGCAACAUGUGGUGAAGUAUGCUAUUUAUGGGAAGAAACCAGAAAUGAACCAAUUCAGACAUUCAAAUGGGGUGUAGAUAGUUUGUAUGAUAUUAAAUAUAAUCCUGUUCAAACGAAUUUAUUUGCUGCUUGUGCUAGUGAUCGUAGUAUAAUUUUAUAUGAUGCAAGAGAAACAGGUCCUUUGCGAAAAGUACUUAUGAAGUUAAGGUCUAAUAAACUAUCUUGGAAUCCCAUGGAAGCAAUAACUUUCACAUGUGCCAAUGAAGAUUACAACUUGUAUACUUAUGACAUUCGCCAAUUGAAAAUACCUGUAAAUGUGCACAUGGAUCAUGUAGAAGCUGUAACAGAUGUGGAUUACUCACCAACUGGUAAAGAAUUUGUGUCUGGUAGCUAUGAUAAAUCUGUUCGUAUUUUUGAGACAAAUAAACGUCAUUCUCGAGAAGUUUAUCAUACGAAACGUAUGCAAAGAUUAACGUGCAUAGGAUGGUCUCUUGAUAAUAAAUAUAUUAUUAGCGGUAGUGACGAAAUGAAUAUUCGCAUUUGGAAAGCAAGGGCAUCAGAAAAGCUGGGUGUGUUGAAACCUAGAGAAAGGGCAGCGUUACGUUAUAGUGAUGCUUUGAAAGAAAAGUUUGCUGCACAUCCUCAAGUAAGACGAAUUGCUCGGCACAGACAGGUUCCGAAAUAUAUUUAUAAUGCAAGAGCUGAAUUACGUAUGAUUCAAGAGAAAAGUAAACGAAAGGAGGCUAACAUGCGUGCUCAUUCUAAAAAAGGAGCAGUACCUUUUGUUACGGAAAAAGAAAAACACGUUGUACGAGAGGAAGCAUAA